AAGAAAAGAAUCCGUCGAUGCUAAGAUAAGGAGGUUAUGUUUGUCCGGAAUGUCACGCCGUCACGUCACGCCAUUCCUUUCGCGUAGUGGACGAAGUGGCGUGUUGAAUUUUUGCGCAUCGGCUCGAACUCGAAUCGAUUCAACGGUAUCGAAUUAUACGAUUUCUGUAGAAUGGAAGAAUAUGCAAGAGAACCAUGUCCCUGGCGAAUAGUGGACGACUGCGGCGGUGCCUUCACAAUGGGUGUCAUAGGUGGGGCAAUCUUUCAAAGUAUCAAAGGUUUCCGCAAUGCACCAAGUGGAUGGAAACAGCGUUUUACGGGCAGUGUUGUAGCAAUCCGACAAAGAGCACCCAUAAUUGCUGGAAAUUUUGCAGUAUGGGGUGGGAUGUUCUCCACAAUUGAUUGCACACUAGUCCACUUUAGAGGAGGAAAGGAAGAUCCUUAUAAUUCUAUUAUUAGCGGGGCUGCAACUGGUGGAAUUUUAGCCGCAAGAAAUGGGCUGCCAGCAAUGGUAGGCAGUGCAAUCAUUGGUGGAGUGUUAUUGGCUCUGAUAGAAGGUGUAGGAAUUUGUUUCACACGUCUGUCUGCUGAACAAUUUAAACCACCAUCACUGGUUGAAGAUCCAUCACAAUUCGGCACACCUCCACAGGGCUAUCCAUCAUAAUAUUCAACCAAAUUAUUUAGACUUUUUUGAAAUUAGAAUGAAAUGUUCAAGUAUAACGAUAUAUUCUUUCCAGCAAUAUUUUACAACAGAAUAUACUUGAUCGUUUCUUUUUGCCAGUGUUAAAUUUGUAUGCAGCCUGGAGAUCUUAGACUUAAUAUCAAAUAAUAUUUUAUGUUUUCUUA